GGAAGGAGGAAGCUGCGGAGCGCAGAGGGAAAGGAAAGGGAAGAAUUCCAUAGGGCAGCCAGUGCUUUGCGGAUAAGUGUUACUCGCGUCGUAUUUGGGACCGAGGCAGCUCACGGGAGAGGAAUGGCCCUUAGCAGGAGGGCAGCAGAAUUCCGAAGAAAAGUACUGGAGAAGCUGUUCCCUGCCUCUCCUCCUGGUGUGGCCAUUUCAAACACAGAAGAAAGAAGCGUUCUGCAAUGUCCAGUGACAGAACAAGCAGGGUCUACCAAAGCAUCAGAAGGAUAUCCGUGUUUGCCAGACAAACAGAAAAUGAUUUUACCUCCAAGAAAAAUGUACUCAGUGACUCCUCCUCCCGAAGACUAUGUACCGGAUCCUGACAGCAAGGUGGAUUAUGAGAACUCUGAGAGUAAUGAUGACAAUGACUACGAUACUUCAGAGGAGCAUUAUCAAGGGCAACCCAUGAAAAAGCGCAUUCGAAGGAAGAAACAAAAGACUAUUUUGCAGAAUACUGAUAAUUCACAUGAAGACCAAGUAGGAUAUGGGAAGCCUGAAAACCCCACUGAAGAUAAUUUACAACUGCCCCACGCAGACAGCCAAGAUUUAAGUCGAAACAAAAGGAGAAAAAUGAAAAAGAAACGUCAAAGAACAAGGAUGAAGGCGGCUGGCUUACUAACAAAACCAACUGGUAUAGAUUUUACAUAUAAGCCUGAGAAGGAGGAAGGAAUGAACUUUGAAGAUGUGGAUAAAAAAGGAGAUGAAGUUCUGGAUUUUUUGCAAGCGACACAAGAAAUCUAUUUUUCUGACAAGCGAUCAAAAUGCGAAGCACCAUCGAUGAGUUCAGAAAGCAUUUAUGAGAGUUUACAGAAUCUUGAAUCUCACAGCAUGGCUGCCUCCGAUGUCACUCUUCUGCACCGAAUGAAAUCCCUUGUGCUUCUGCAGGAUGUAGAAAGACUAAAGAGUGCCACAGAAGAGUUCCAGAUGCACUCAGCCGUGCCUCCUGACCAUGCCAAGGCAAUCUCCUUGCUGUUUCUCUACUGGAUUACAGAUAUCCUUCCUGGGAAGAACAGGAAAUAAAGUUAAUAUCCACCUCCAUCUGUAGAGAGUUUAAAUUUAAUACACAGACUCUGAAUUGAAUUUGGAAAGGUGGAGUGUGCAAGUUCACUAAGACACUGGCUUAAAACAAUUGACUGCUUCCUCAAGUUAACAGACAGUUUCAGAGAGACUUAAUUUUUGCAUAUUGGUGAGAGAAACACAGAACCAAGUUAACUUUUUAAGUGGCACUCCAGUUUAUUAUUGUGGCAGAUUUUGUUCAAGAAAGAACUAUGUAAACAAGAUGCUUCGUAAGUAAAACAAUAAUUCUGUGGCCAGGAAAAAGUGAAAGUUCCACUUCCAAAUAAUGCUGUUAUUUGUUUUAAUGAUGUAAGAAUGCAUAUUUUUCUAUAUCAAAGAGGCUAAACUUAUUUUUAUACGUUUGCAAAUCUUCCCUUUUAAUAUGUAUACAUAUGAAAUGAUAUAGAAAUUAAAAUGCUUGGCUACA